AUGUUGAUAACUAUUAGUUUUAUUAUUGUUUUAUAUAUAUUUUAUCGUUUAUAUGAACAUUUUAUUGGAGCAGGAAAUAUAAAUCCAAAUGGUAAAUAUGUUCUUAUAAGUGGUUGUGAUAGUGGAUUUGGUCAUGGUUUAGCUAUUGAGCUUGAUAAACAAGGUUUUAAUGUAUUUGCUGGUGUUUAUACUCGUGAUAGUAUAAUAUCUCUUAAAGGAAAACUUUCAUCGCGAGCUACAGUUUUUCGUCUUGAUAUAACUAAACAAGAAGAUAUUGAUGAUGCAUUUGAAUUAGUCAACAAUAAAACAAAAGUUCUUCAUGCACUUAUUAAUAAUGCUGGUAUAGGUACAUUUGGAUAUAUUGAUUGGAUAUCAAUGGAAGUUAUUAAGAAAAUAAUGGAUGUUAAUUAUAUUGGACAUGUUGCAAUGACAAAGAAAUUUUUACCAUUACUUAUAGCUAAACGUGAUUCACGUGUUGUUAAUACUAGUUCUGCCGUCGAUUAUCUUAGUUUACCAAGUUCAUCUGCUUACUGUGCAUCGAAAUGUGCACUUGAAUCAUUUUCUGAUUGUUUACGUCGUGAAAUGGUUCCAUGGGGUUCACAUGUUAGUGUUAUUGAACCAGGUGCAAUGAGAACACCCAUUCUAGAAACAAGUCGUGGAUCAUUUGAACAUUUUUGGAGUCAAAUUUCAAGUGAUGCUAAACAACGAUGGGGAGAAUAUUUUAUUAAAACCGAAUAUAAUAUUAUGCAAGAAAGUCCACUCUUCAAAUUUGCCGAAGAUCCUAUAAAAGUUGUGCGAGCUCUUCAACAUGCUGUUAUGAAUAAAUCUCCUCAUAUUCGUUAUCGACCUGGUUGGCAAUCAACUUUUAUUUUAUAUCCACUUUCGAAUUUACCUGUUCGAAUUAUCGACUGGCUUCUCAAUGCAUUAAACAAAUCACGUGAUCCUCCAACAGGUGUUUACCAACAACUUAAAGACUAA